UGUCACGUGACGGUGAGGUCAGUCGCGCUGCGUAACUGUGCGCCACUGAUGCAGGGGGAUCCAUCAUGGCGUCGAUGCAGAAAAGGUUACAGAAGGAACUGCUAGCCUUGCAGAAUGAUCCGCCUCCUGGAAUGACCCUAAAUGAGAAGAGCGUACAGAACACCAUCACACAAUGGAUUGUGGAUAUGGAAGGAGCCUCUGGUACUCUUUAUGAGGGGGAGAAAUUUCAGCUUCUUUUUAAAUUUAGUGGUCGGUAUCCCUUUGACUCACCUCAGGUAAUGUUCACAGGAGACAAUAUACCCGUCCAUCCCCAUGUUUAUAGCAAUGGCCACAUCUGCCUGUCCAUCUUAACGGAGGACUGGUCACCAGCUCUUUCGGUGCAGUCUGUUUGUCUUAGCAUUAUUAGCAUGCUGUCUAGCUGCAAAGAGAAGGCAUGUAGACAUGGUCAAGAAGAGCUGCUGAAGUUCAGACCAAGCAUCAGAAUGAGGAAGAAGGGUGAUUUAAUUGACUUUGAACAUGGGAUAGAUGUUGAUGCCAGACGGGCUGAUCUGAGAAUUUCAGAAACUGCUGAUGUACUGGGAAUUUCACGCAUAAUCAUCUCUAAGGUUUACAGAGAAUGGUCUGAAAAAGAUAUGAGAAGCAGAUCUGUGGGUGAAAAUGCCUCGUUGAUGCCAGAGGUCAGAGGAGAGUGGCCAGACUGA